CUUCCCGAGACACCUGCUGAGGCCCGGCCCGGCGGCGGUGCCGCCCCGGCGGAAGGUGGAGCCCCCAGGCCUCCCGAGAGAGAACCAUGCAUUUCUGUUGCUUAAACUCAAAAUUGAAUUAGGACUGGGAAUGUGAUCGUUUGGAUUUGGGAGCUCCCUCCGUUUACACCUACUGAAUAAAAAAAGCUCCUGACUGCUUUAUUUGUUUUAGGUCACAAUGAAUAUCAGAAGGGGGAGCUUGGAUAAAAUUUCAAGGCUUGCUUCUGUCUCAAGAGCUUACCCUAAUUAUAGAUCUUUAAAUACAUGUAUGGAGUUAUUAGCACCAGAGCCAGAUUUGCCAAAGGUUGAUCCACCUGUCAGUUUGGCUGGUAGUCAUCAAAGAGGCAGUCUGGAACACUGCUGUCCACAAGAAAACAAAGGUGAUGACAGAAAGAAACCUGACAUCAAGGAAGUAAGAACUGAUCAGCAAACCACAGUGGAGAGUAUGACCUUUCUUCAGAAGUGUGAACUGAAUCCCAGUGAAUUGUCAGGAUGUAUCUCUAAUUCAGAUUCUGGAGAUGAUAGCACUGAAACACAGACUUUGAAAUUCUGUGAACCUUCCCAAGGAAAACAAAGUAAUGCAAAAGCAGCAAACUCUUCCUAUUUGGAAUAUUCUAGAGGAACAAAUGUAGAUUCUCAGAUUCAAGAAGCUAUAAAGAAAAUGAAUAAACUUGACACAAUACUGGCAAAAAAACAUUCUAAGGAGAGAACAAUUAAAAAACAAGGAAAAGAAAUGAGGGCAAAGCUCUGGGAAGAACUUCAGUCUAUUGGAACCACUGGAGGCCAUGAGGAGAUAGAAAACACAAAACAUUUUUUAGCUUUGAUCUCAUCAUGGCAGGAUGCAUCUGAUUUCUCCCAGACUAAAGAAGAUGAAACCUGUACUUCGAUAUUUCACACACAAAUUAAUCCAGAAGAUUAUGAUUGCCAUAAACCCCAACAUAUUCAGGGUGAAUUAGAAACAGAUGAAUUCCUUAAUCAAGCAGAAAAAAUGCAUAGCAAAGGUAAAAACAAUCAGGAUUUCAUUAAAAAGAACAUUGAGUUAGCAAAGAAUUCAGGAAACCAUAUUGCUAUGGUUGAGAGAGAAAAGAAAAGGCUAAUAGAACUGUUGAAAGAUAUAGAAGAUGGAGUUGACCUGGAAGGUCUUGAGGAGGAUGUAUCUGGCUGGCUAGUACCAGGGGAAGGGUACACACCUGAACCAAUGGAAUUGAAUCAUCUGAAGGAGAUAGACAUGAAGCUUCAAGUACUACUAUCUGAUGGGAAUUCUGCAAUUGCCAGCUAUUGCUCAAAACCUCUGGGCCAAAGUCAUCAGGAGUCUCUGGUUUAUGCAAACAGAACCCUAGAAGCAGUUCCAGGUGAAAAGGUUCUGCGAGACCAUAAGGAACAACGUGAUCAACAAAAUCGUUUGAAAGAAAUAGAUCAUCAGCUGAAAACCCUAGAGAAAAGUCUUACUGAAGAAAAAAUGGGCCUCUCUGAAGAGCAGCUUAAGACCCUUCUGGAAGAAUGUAUGCAGUCUCAGAGAACAAUGAGCAACGUUACCAUGCCAAAGUCUCAGGAAUCUCUUUCUUGUGGAUUAAGUCCCCCUUGUUACACAAGUCAAGACUCCACUCUUCACUCCACAUCUACUCUUUCCAAAAUGUUUGUUGAAGACCAUAUUGUAGGGAUGUUAACGGCUCAGGAAAAGACUGAAGUCGAAGACAAAAGCUUAUGUGUUAAGGCAGAGAGUGAAAUCCCUGGCUACUAUCUCAGCAAAGCAUUGGCUGGUAGUCGCUUAUCAAAGGAUUCACUGGCCCAAACAGAGGAACCUGAUGACCUAGAAGGUUUACAGAAGAUGGGAGAUAAGACUAUUACUGAAGGUUACUUUAUGUCAAGAGCACUCAACAGAAAAAGGUUGAAGAAACCUUCUUUCUUGGGUGAACCAUUAUAUUGCAUCAGCAUGAACAAUGAGCCAUCCAGUGAGGCUGACAUUCUCAGCAUACCACUGCAAACCAAAGGAGACAAUCUGAAGACUGAAAGUUGAGAAGAGAUUGAUAUGUGCCUCCUUAUACAACACUUUUUUUCUGAAAGUCUGGUUUUCAGACCCUCUGAAGGCAAUGAAUUAUAAUUGAAAACUAUUCCAUGAGAUGUUUUGUUCUCAGGAUAUAAUUGUUAUUAUCAUUAUAAUAUAUUGUUGCAUUUUGAUUUCAAAAUAAAAUCUUGCACUUCACUAAAUUUCCUGGGAGUGUUCUAUCUAAUUAAUAAAUGUACCUACACUUUUGUGUAGCUGGGUGUCUG